AUGAUCGAACUUCUAUUGGAUCUCACCUCGCUGCAACAAGGCAUCAUCGCGGUGAUUGCUGUUCUUCUGUUUUUGGUACUGACUAACCGAUUGACCACCUGGGAAUACAUCGUUCCCAAAGAAGUGCAAUGGAUUGACCGACCCCAAGAGCGCUUUGGCUACCUUCGUGCUAAGGCGCGGUCGUUUUUCGUCAUGAAGGAGAACAUCAUGCAGGCCUAUCUCGAAUGCAAUAAAAAGGGUCGAGCCGCCGCCCUUGCCAUUGCAUUCGGUCGACCGCAGAUCAUUCUUCCCCCCAAAUACAUUCGAUGGAUAAUCGACCAACCAGAAUCGGUGCUCAGCAUGGACCCCAUUCACAACGAAUUCCACGCCUUUGUGCAGGACGGGUUAGUGGGCGACCACACAGUGCAGGAAGUUCUGCGCAAGGAAUUAACCCAAAACCUUGGCCGAAUGACGGCGGACAUCAAUGAUGAGAUUGUGGAUGCGUUAAAUGCUAUUUGGGGGAAUUCGCCUGAGUGGAAGAUGAUUCCCCUCAAGGACAGUACGCGCACGAUCGUCGCCCGCAUCACUAACCGACUAUUCGUGGGUAAAGAAAUAUGUCGAAACGAAGAUUAUAUCCGUGACGCUGUCGCGUUGGGUAUGGCGGUAAUGCCAGAGACCGUGUUCCAGGACCUGGUUCCUCGGCCACUGAAGGGGCCUCUCUCGUUGGUUGUGAAGUGGAUAAAUCAUUACUAUAUGGCCGGAUUCAACCGACACCUGCAGCCGAUAGUGCGAGAACGAGUGCAAGCCGUACGACAGAUGGAAGAGACGGUGGAGAAGAAGGGAGAAGAGAGCGAGGAGAAUCCAGAACAAAAGCCAUCCUCCCUCCCGAACGACUUCUUGACCUGGAUAGUGCAACGUGCUGUCCGUCGGGGUGAGUCCCCGGCCGAUAUCGAACAGCGCGUGAUUGCCCGGGUGGGCAUGGCCAAUCUAGCUUCUAUCGAAACGACUACCAACACGAUGAGCAAAUGUUUGGCGGACAUUACCACGCUAGGCGAGGCUCAAGGAUACCGGGCGUUGGUUACAGCAGAAGCGCAGAAGGUGCUGUGCGACUGCCAGAACCUGCCGGUGAAGAAAGAUAUUGAGAAGCUGGUGCAUAUCGAAAAUGCGCUCAAGGAAAGUUUGCGGUUAGCGGUAGUCUUCCCCGGUCUCAUUCGGCAGGUCACCAGUCCUACAGGAGCGACCUUGGAGGAUGGCCUCCAUCUGCCGUGCGGCGCGCGCAUCAGCGUUGCCGCUUAUGCCAUCCACCGCGACGAUAAUGUCUGGCCAGAUGCCACCACCUAUAAUCCUGCCCGCUAUGAGAGUCCCCAGGCUCCAACCGACCAGACAACCGCGAAGGUACCAUCGUCGCAUCUUCCCAUGUCCCGUGCCUCUGAGAGCUUUCUCUCUUUUGGACUAGGAAAGCGCGCUUGCCCGGGCCGCUUCUUCGUAACGGAUGAGCUGAAGCUGUUGUUUGCCCACAUGUUUACCAAGUAUGAGAUCCAGAUCAUCCCGCCCCCCACCAGUACUGCCGGGCAGUUCACAGAAUUGACCCUGCGGGGGCCCCAGGAGCAUCUGCUGAUUCGGCGAAGGUCAGAAGCGAAUUCUGUGAAUGCAUGA